GAAUGUGGUUUUGUGGAGUCCACUAUUCAUUGUUUUCCGUAUGUCGGCUUUUUUCUAUUUUUUUUUUUGUUUGAGUUUAAGAAAAAAAUAAAAAUAAUAGAAAUUGCCAAGUCAGCAAAUCGCCGCACAAACCUCAACCAAAAAAAACCUUUCUUCCAACUUCAAAAUCAAAUCCAAUCCAAUUUUCACAAAAAAACGUCGAAAAUAUGGAGUUUGAUGAAGAACAACAAAAACUUCGGCGUCGAAAAUUGGAAGAAGCUCUUGAAGUCAAAUCUCUCCGUCGAAUUAUCAGCGCCUAUCUCAACUAUCCAGAUGCGGCUGAAGAUGACAUUAAGCGAUGUGAAAGUUCUUUUAGAAAGCUUCCACCUGCCCACAAGUCUCUUCUUUCGCACUUGCCAUCGAAAUUCCAGAGUUUGAGAAGGUGUAUAUCAGUGAAUACAUAUUUUAUUUUAAACAUGCUUCAGGCCUUUGAGCCUCCACUAGAUAUGAGCAUGGAUGUAGAUAUAUGUGAAGAUCAGCAUCUCGAAUGUUGCCCAGAUGAGCACCAUCAUCGUCAUGAUGAGAGUUCCUUGGACAGUCAUCACAACUCGACUGGAAUGGCGAGAUCAGCAAAAGACCCAGUAGAUUGUAAUACGGAAAAUGAUCACAUGCCAAGAUCAGCUAGAGGAACUACAGAUACCGAGGGAGAGCGAUUGCCAGCCCUCAAACCUAAACUGGAGUUUGGGGAAGCCGGUUUUAGUUCUGCUAAUGCCAUUGGUGGUCAGGGAAGUGAAGGACAACUUAGACCGGUUGAUUCAAAUGGCAAUGCAUCGUCAUCUUCUUGUGAUUGGUUGAAUUCAUCGUUGCAAUUGAAUGUGCCACUAGUUGAUGUUGACAAGGUUCGCUGCGUCAUAAGAAAUAUAGUUAGAGAUUGGGGAGCAGAGGGGCAAGUGGAGCGUGAUCAAUGCUAUCUGCCCAUUCUUGAGGAGCUUGAGAGAUUGUUUCCCAAGCGCAGUAAGGAAAGUCUUCCUUGCUGCCUGGUUCCUGGUGCUGGACUUGGGAGAUUGGCAUUGGACAUUUCACGUCUUGGCUUUGUAUGCCAGGGUAAUGAAUUUUCAUACUACAUGAUGAUAUGCUCCAGCUUUAUUCUCAACCACUCUCAAUCUGUUGGUGAAUGGACUAUAUACCCUUGGAUCCAUAGCAAUUGCAAUUCAAUUUCAGACGAGGACCAACUUCGUCCUGUUUCUAUUCCCGACAUUCUUCCUGCUAGCGUAGGAAUAACUGAAGGUUUUUCCAUGUGUGGCGGGGACUUUGUUGAAGUGUAUAGUGAUCCAGGCCAAGAAGGGAUCUGGGAUGCUGUAGUUACGUGCUUUUUCAUUGACACAGCACAUAACAUUGUAGAGUACAUUGAAAUAAUAUCGAAAAUCCUUAAAGAUGGAGGAGUGUGGAUUAAUCUUGGGCCGCUGCUUUAUCAUUUUGCGGAUACAUAUGGGCAAAAUGAGAUGUCCAUAGAAUUAAGUUUAGAAGACGUGAAGAAGGUGGCUUUCCACUAUGGAUUUACUUUAGAGAAGGAAAGUACUAUCUCGACGACAUAUACAACAAAUGUUCGGUCUAUGAUGCAGAACCGGUAUUUCGCAGCAUUCUGGACCAUGAGAAAGAAAUCUGCAAACAAGUCUAGCGCGACACCUGAUGAAUGAUCAACUUUGUUUCAGAAGGGCGUGCUGCUUAUUCUGACUGGGCUCAAAACGAACGCGAUUACCUUACAGGCUCCUAGUCCCCCAAUUAGCAGCAAAUCAUUUCCAUCACCACAUUCUAAAAGAUGGAAAAAUUUGCUGAAAUGUUAAAUUCGCUUAUCUAUUAUUUGCUGUGAAUUGAUUGUUUGUGGAUCGAGUGAUCCACAUUGUUGAUCAGUGGCCCAUGGCCGAUGGCCCAGGGCUUUAAAUCCUAUGGGCCCUGUUUUAGGCUCCAUUCCUUCUUGAGUAUCAAUGGCAUAUUUAGUAACUUUUUCUUUGUAAGAGAAUUUAACUAUUUUGUACUGUAAUGUUGUCCUCGCAACUUAUUAUUAGUUCAUGAAAGUGAAGAAUAGCUCAAGUAGUCAAGUGGCUAGAGCUUCCUUCCCGUUUAUAGGGGAUUUUAGGAUCGAUUUUCAUUA